CUCAUCAUCAAAACUAAACCUAGCCACAACUAAUAAUCAUGAUGAUACUAAUUCAUAAGUCACACACUAUGAUUGCAUCAUUUGUUUCAACACUACUACUUCUUAUAGUGGGAGUAGUGAAUUCAUAUCCAGAAGGUGAUAAGAUAAGCAGUUUGCCAGGCCAGCCACGUGUCACAUUUCAGCAAUAUGCUGGCUACAUUACUGUCGAUGACAACCAUGAUAGAGCUUUGUUUUAUUAUUUUGUUGAAGCUGAAUCAAACCCUGCUUCCAAGCCACUAGUUCUUUGGUUGAAUGGAGGGCCUGGUUGUUCUUCGGUUGGAGUUGGAGCUUUUGUUGAGAAUGGUCCUUUCAGACCCGGUGACAACAAUAUUCUUCUCAAAAAUGAUUAUAGUUGGAAUAAAGAGGCAAACAUGCUAUAUUUGGAAUCACCAGCUGGAGUUGGUUUCUCAUACUCUAGCAAUAAAUCUUUCUAUGACUUGGUUACCGAUGAGAUAACAGCAAGGGAUAAUCUUAUAUUCUUAGAGCGCUGGUUUGCUAAAUUUCCUGAGUAUGCAAAAAACGACUUCUUCAUUACUGGGGAGAGCUAUGCAGGUCACUAUGUUCCACAACUUGCAUUUCUUGUUAUUCAAUCCAACACCACCUUCAAUGUUAAUCUUAAGGGAAUAGCGUUAGGGAAUCCUCUGCUGGAUUUUAAUGUUGACAUGAAUUCGGAAGCGGAUUAUUUAUGGUCUCAUGGGCUAAUAUCUGAUUCGACAUACGAACUGUACAAUACAAUAUGCAACUCUUCUCAAUAUAUGAGAGAAUCUAUAGAUGGAAAGAUUAGUGCUGAUUGUGCAAGAGUAAAUAAUGUAUCGUCCAGCGAGAUAUCCGAUUAUGUUGAUCAAUAUGAUGUCACUCUUGAUGUUUGUUUGUCACCAGCCAAACAACAAGUUUAUAUGCUCACAAAUCAAAUGCAUGCUACACAAAAUGUAGAUGUUUGUGUGGGAGAUAAAUUAGUGGUAUACUUAAAUAGGAAAGAUGUGCAACAAGCACUCCAUGCUAGACUUGUUGGAGUUACCAAAUGGUCAACUUGCAGCACGGUUCUGAAUUAUGACUAUCAUAAUCUAGAAAUACCAACACUUCCUCUUCUAGGUACAUUUGUUGAGUUGGGUAUUCGGGUUCUCGUAUACAGUGGAGACCAAGAUUCAGUGAUCCCAUUAAUUGGAUCAAGAUUUCUGGUGAAUGCAUUAGCCAAAGAAAUUGGACUCAAUACAACAGUGCCCUAUGGAGUCUGGUUUCAGGGAAAACAGGUAGCGGGAUGGACACAAGAAUAUGGCAAGAUAUUAUCAUAUGCGACGAUUAGAGGAGCAUCUCAUGAAGCUCCAUUCUCUCAACCAGCCAGAUCGUUAGUGCUACUUCAAGCAUUUCUUCAAGGAAAACCACUUUCCAAUAAUAUAUGA